UAGGUAACCAAUAGGGAAGGGCGCGUGGGCGAGACACAGUGCGCAUGCGGUAGAGGUAGACAGGCACGCGCUCAGGACACAGUCGCAGGGAGAGCUGUACAUCAGAGAGCUGAACACUGUCAGAAGCGGCAAUGUCAAGGUUUGCUAUUGUGGUGUGGUUCUUGGCUGUGUCAUGCAUGGACAGCAGAGCAGCAGAGCCAAUCCAGUAUAUGAGUGUCUCUGUUGGACAGAAUGUGAUCUUGCCAUGCCCUUGCUCCAAAGAUACUAAUAAGCUCGUAUGGCAGAUUGGCGAGGAGAUAGUUGUGAAUCAUUGUUGUGAGGAGGAAGAUCCACCACAUGAAUCCUAUGUAAACAGGACCCAAGUCUUCCUGUCAUUUACAAAAGGAAACUGCUCGCUCCUUCUCCGUGAUGUGUCCUUGAAUGAUGAGAGGAUAUUUACAUGUUAUAUAUUUAAUGGAGAAGAAAGCCUGGAUCACAUGCAUGAAGUUGGACUGAAAGUUGAAGUUUUUACAGCUGUGGACCAAGGUCAGACAAGCUCUUUUAAUGAUCCAUCUACUACAAAGAAUGACAGUGAACCUCAUACAGGAUUUUCAGUUGGAGUUCCCUUAUCACUGAUACUGGUAAUCCUGGCUGGACUGAUUGUGGCACUUAUUAUCAGAAAGCAUCAGCAGAGACGACCUAGAAUGGUGGUGAUCCAGGAUCCACAAGCAAAACUGCCUAUAAUGAUCCACACUCCAGUGUGAAUAGUAACAUGACGCAUUUUGGGUGAGCCAAUAAUUAUGGCAUCACCUCACUAUGAAGACCAGUUGGAACAUGAUCUGAUCACCAACACAGGGCAUUAGAAAUCUGUAGACAUAUCGGUAUAACUUUUUUAGUGUUGUUGAUCACUGUAAUAUAUUCCUUGUGUGUUUAAAUGUACAUAUAUUUCAACAGAUUUACAUUUACAUUUACAUGCAUUUAACUGGCAGAUACCUGCAUCCAAAGUUACUUAACCGUGAGGCAAAUCCAAAUUAAAACAUUGAGCUGGCAGGCUCCUGAGCGGUGCAAAAGAAAAGAAUUUGCCCUAUUGUCCACAGAUUGGGAGUUCAAAUGCUAAUGAUUUAUGUAUGUGGAAGAGGGUGGAUAGCUCUAUCCUCACAUGACUUGGAGGUAGCACAUGCUAGCUUUCACCCUCCCUCACUGGCAGCUGUCAUACUAUACAGAAAAGCUGACUAGUGGGUGGUAAUUAGCCAAGAAAAAAAAAAAAAAGCUUUGAGCUGUCAGUGGAGAUGAAAGUGCUACAAGACUAGAGUAUUUAAAAUCGAUCAGGAACAAAGAGAUGUACCAAUCUUAUAUUUAGUAUUUUCAUAAUCAGUAUCAGUAUUAAAUUGGGUAACAUGUUUCUAGUCCAUUGCCAUAUUGUAUGGCCCUGUGAAUGGCACCCUAAGCUCUGUGGUCCUCCUCCACCUCUGUACCUGACACUGUCUAGGGUUGAACCUAUGGUCCAUGACUAAUUGGGCAUGCAAAGGUGUAAAAGUGAGCAAUUGAGACAUUCCUCAAAAUUUCAUUUCGUUCCAGUUGUGUUCAGCACAAUGCUUUCACAAUGGCUUGGCAUUCAGUGAUUUUGGCAGAAAGUCACGAAUCUGUACAUUCAUUAUUGAAAAGGUUUUGCUGAUAGGAAAAGGAUAUAAUGAUUGUGAUGCAAUGACUAUAAAAAUACUAAUAAAUUUUUAAUCUUUGUUUUCCAUUUGGAGAAAAAAGAAUGACAUUUUUAUAAUAAUUUUGUCAAGUCUUCUAAAAACAAAUUGCAUAAUAUCACCACAACAAAUUUGGAGAGUGAAAUCAGCUGAUUGUACUCAUUAUAUAAUUAUAAAAUGAUAUACAGACUAUAAGUGUAAAUUAGUAACUGAUCACAUUCAGUUUAAUCAGUUCCUUAUGGAUUUUUAUCACAUAAGAUAUUAUUCUAAUGCUAUUCUAAUGCUCAACAAAACCAUCCAGGGUACUUGUGAGCAUCCUUUUGAAGCAUAAAAUGAGGACCAGGACACCUUAUGACCUUGUGGACCUUCCAGGCAUGUGCAGAUGAGGGCCAUGAGGCUGCAGUUGUGCUAUUCAGAACAGUGCCAGGUUGUGUGAUGAUUGAUAGGACACAAAUUAUUUCAAAUCACUUCUUCAUCUCACUUGUGCAUAAAUUUGCAGCAGAAGCUUGCUGUGAAUCUUUUGGUUACUAUGAAGAUGUCAGUAUUGGAAUGAGCAGCCAGUACACAGGAAAUUAGAAAAAGUGGGAAUUGGUGCAUCUCUAAAUAAAUGCAUAAUAUGAUUUUCACUUGUGAGUUUCAUGUGAAAAUCUUUACAGAUUUUUAUAAUUAUAGACAUAUUUCUCCUAGUAAUCAUCUCUUUGAAAUUAAAAUAAACUUGGGUUUUUCCCUAGGCAGAAAGCCCAGAACAGGAAAAACAAGUGUCAGUGUUGACAUCUGAAACAAGUAGGUUUAAGGUGAGAACAGGACAGCAUUUUUAAGCAUACAUCUUAUUACCUUUUUGUAACUUGAUACCUAAUACUUUUUAUUUUAUGUCAGUAAACCUCCCUUCACAAAAAUGAUGCUAGGUAAAUAAUAAAUUGAUAUAAACAACAGAGAAGAUUUAAUCAGGAGAACGAUAGGCUCCACCCUGGACCUCUGUACCAGCUGCUGUGGUAUAAUGUACUUACUACUUUUAGUUUCAAAGGUCACUGGUGCUUGAUAUCUUGAUGUAAACUAUAAAUGAGAUACUAUAUGUGCAGAAGAUUAGAUGACCACCCUGUUUUAUUUAGUGAAACUAUUGGAAGUUUUGAUUGGUAACUAUUGGCAACUGAUUUAUUGGCAUUACUUCUGCACUUAAAUCUACACCUGGGCUUGUUCUCUUCUGGUGUGUUUUUAUUUUAAUACUCCCUAUGGGAUAUUUUGCUUGCUUGUAUUUAAUACAAACACAACACAAAUGUGAAGUGUAUUUUCAUACGCCUGUAGUGCUAAUAAACUUUACAGUACUUUUCUA